UAUUACAACAGCACAAAGAGUGGAACCAGUAAAUGAACACAAAAUCAAUAGUCUUCAUCAAAACACUAUUUGCUCAGAGCAGCAUGGUAUAAAAGCAGUCGCCAUCUCAUGCGCCAAAACACACAUAUUAGAUUCACCAUAUAAACAAAUAAUUGUUUACAUUCAAAUUUUAAAUCGUUAUUUUUUAAGAAAAGUUCAACAUGCCUGCCUUAAUCACUCAACUUACCCUACAAGAUAUCUUGGAGGGAGAGAAGGAGAGCAACGUGUGUUUUCAUUCGUGCCAGGACAGAAGACUCUACCCAGGACAGCCGGCAUUCGACAGACUGGGCAACCAGCACAAUGUCAACUCAACCCCUCCGGUAGUCGGACCAGGCACAUACCCGGUGAGUGAGACCAGCGAUUUUGUGCGUCUACUCGAGAAGAGACCGGGCAGAAGUGAGAGUAUUUUGGGGGUCGGCAUCAGUGGCCGGACUGGACCAUUCCGCAUACCUCUGGCAUCCAAGGAGAAGUUGAGUGUUCCUUCUCCUGUGACUUACCAGAGGGACCUGACGAGACUGUCUGAGUCGGCUGGGUCCGAAGGGAGGAGGAGCUACAAGCCAUUCGGUUCAGCCGCCACUCGCAAGUCAGUCGUGGAUGAGCAACAAACUAGGGGACCCCCGCCUGGUGCACAUGACGUCCAUCUGCACAAUGGGAAACUGCCCCAGAUAGAGCGACACUGCAGCUUCGGGGGAGACCAGUUCCUACGCACACCACUGCGCACAGCCAAGGAGCCAGGAAUGAGGAAGACUUUCAGUGGUGGGGAUUUGCGGAAGUUCAGAUGGAAGGAGGCCUAUCUCAGUCUGUACUGGCCCACUGAGACCUCUUCAAAGUAAACCAAUCACAUCCAACGCUUAUAUUGAGAUCCAGAGACAAUGUACGGAACUAACACCUGUCGUAAAUCAUGAGCAGAUGCAACAAUAAACAACUGAACCUAAAUUUUAACGUUCGAGUAUACAAUGUUUUUGCUAAAUAUGGAAUAGAUAACAUCAAUUGAAAG